CGGCGGGCGGUACCGGGGCCGGGGCCGUACAGCAUGGCGGCGCUGCGGCGGGCGCGGCGCGGGGCCGGGUCGGGGUUGUGCCGUACGCUGCGGGCGCUCUCAGGAAAGAAGAAUGAGUAUGAUCUUCUGGUCAUUGGUGGAGGGUCUGGAGGCCUUGCUUGUGCAAAAGAAGCUGCUCAGUUUGGAAGAAAAGUGGCUGUUUUGGAUUACGUGGACCCUUCCCCACAAGGAACCACAUGGGGACUUGGUGGAACUUGUGUGAAUGUUGGCUGCAUUCCUAAAAAGCUUAUGCAUCAAGCAGCCCUUUUAGGGAGUGCCCUUAAAGAUGCCCAACACUAUGGCUGGAACAUAGCCCAACCUGUUCAUCAUACCUGGUCUGUGAUGGCACAAGCUGUUCAGAAUUAUGUGAAAUCCUUGAACUGGGGACACAGAGUGCAACUACAAGACAAGAAGGUGAAAUACUUCAACAUGAAAGGGAGUUUUUCCGAUCCCCACACGGUCCGUGGCUUGACAAAAGCAGGUAAAGAGACUAUUGUUACUGCAGAUAAUAUUGUCAUUGCUACUGGAGGAAGACCAAAGUAUCCUACACAUAUUGCAGGUGCACUGCAGUAUGGAAUCACAAGUGAUGACCUGUUCUGGUUAAAGGAAUCUCCUGGAAAAACGUUGAUUGUUGGAGCCAGCUAUGUUUCCCUUGAGUGUGCUGGUUUUCUGACAGGCAUUGGACUGGACACUGCAGUCAUGAUGAGAAGUAUCCCACUUCGUGGGUUUGAUCAGCAAAUGGCAUCUUUAGUAACUGAGCACAUGGAAUCUUACGGCACCAAAUUUUUAAAGAGAUGUUUCCCAACCAAAGUUGAAAAACUGGAGAGCAACAGAUUGCAAGUCACCUGGAAAAAUACUGACCUGGGCACAGAAGAAACCGAUUCCUUUGACACUGUGAUGUGGGCAGUAGGCCGAGCCCCUGACACUAAAACUCUCAAUUUGGAGACAGUUGGAGUGAAAACUAAUUCUGAAACUGGAAAGAUUAUUGUUGAUGCCAGUGAAGCUACUUCUGUUCCUCACAUUUAUGCAAUUGGAGACAUAACCGAGGGCCGCCCUGAGCUGACUCCCACAGCCAUCGCUGCAGGCAAACUGCUGGCCCAGCGCCUCUUUGGCCAGUCCUCAGAGCUGAUGGACUAUGACAGUGUGCCCACCACAGUGUUCACUCCCCUGGAAUAUGGCUGUGUUGGACUGUCAGAAGAAGCAGCUGUGCAGUGUCACGGGUCAGAUAAUAUUGAGGUAUUCCAUGCGUAUUAUAAACCUUUAGAGUUUACAGUGGCUGAAAGAGAUGCAACUCAGUGCUAUAUGAAAAUGGUGUGCUUACGAGGGAGGGAGCAACGGAUACUUGGCCUUCAUUUCAUUGGACCAAAUGCAGGCGAAGUUAUUCAAGGAUUUGCUCUUGGAAUCAAGUGUGGUGCCACGUAUCCUCAGCUGAUGAAGACAGUUGGCAUCCACCCCACCUGUGCUGAGGAGGUCACCAAGCUGCACAUCACAAAGCGUUCUGGCUUGGAUGCAACAGUCACAGGCUGCUGAGGUUAAACACCAUCCCUGGAAAGAAGGAAAAAAGCACAAAAUAUGUUUGUGAAGAAAGGGGGCACCUAGAGUUGAAACAGCAUUAAUGGUUUGAUCCUUGUACCAUCUCAGUUCUAACACCAAUGCAGUCCUGCUGUAACAAAGCUCUCUCUUUCAAAGUGCCUAAAACCCUUCUCUUGCUGGGAGCUGGGAAAUAAUCCCAGUAUUUUACAUGUGAAUGUAACUGAAGCCAGGGACACCUGAGGCCACCUACAAGUGCAGCAGUUUUCCCUGGGUUCCUCUGCUGGCACUGCUGGCAAAGUGCCUCCCGAGAUGGUGCCACAGAUGCUGGGGGCUGGACAGGGCCUCCCGUGGCAGUUUGAUGUGAUGCUUUGUCCUGAGCUUGCACAGCUCCUUACUGAUGCCAGCAGUGACUGCUGAGGCUGUGCUCACGAGCAGAAGCAAGUUCCCAGAGUGUGUAACAAUGGGUAAGCAGUCAUCUUCGGGAUUUUUCUUCUAAAUGUAAUACAUACAGGAAUUUAAUAGAAAAUCAUCUAUCACUGAGGCUGUGCUGCUGCUGGAAGAAUCCCAGGGCAUUAAUCAGUAGCAUCCUGGGCACAAUGUUAUGAUGAUGGCUGAGAAUGAAUGAGCUCAGAGGUGCUAAAGGAAGAGUUGAAUUUUAUGGUGAUUUCUCUGCCUACUCCUGAAAUUUUUAGUUCAGUUCAAAUUAAAUUGACACAUCUCACAAAUUACUGCUUGAACAGUGCAUAUUAAGCAAUGCUGACAAGUAGAAUCAAACCCACUAAUAAUCCAACUUAUGUAGCAUUUUCUCUUUUGUAGAAUGCAGAAAUCUGGCUGACACUGAUAUAUUUUCUUGGUUUGUUUUUAAGACUUUCUCACUGAUGAGCUGGGUACUACAUCUGAAUUGACUUAGGUCUGGCUGUGCUAAAACACAUUAGUGAAGGGAACUACAUUAACCAGCGAUCUAGAAAAGAGACAGUCGUGCUCAGAACAAGGAUCUAAAAUAAUUCUCUGCAAACUUUGUUUUGCCUACCGGCCCGACUGAGAAAGCCUUGCCCUGUCCCGAAUUCCUGCUGCUGUUCGGGCUCUCCAGAAGGGGGAGGUGCUGCCUAAUCUGUGGCAGCAAAGGAACACCCGAGAGUGAAGCUGCUUGUGCAGAGCCCGGUGAGAGGGUGGCCUGACAAAGGCAAGCACAAAAACUGCACCGAACUUCAGUGGAAGUCGCAGUAUUUUGCUAUGCAUAGACACAGAGUUUCUUGCACCCUUUACAGCAGAAUAGUGAUCACAGGAAACGAAGAGAUGGGCUGGAGGUGAAACCAAAUGUAUCCUUUUUGCAGUUAAUUGAUAUCAGUGUUUUCUUUUGGGAAUUUGAUAUUUUCAUUCCAAGCUUGUUGCACAGUUUAGAAGAAUAGUCUGAUGAUCGUGUCUAUCUUUGCUAUUUUUAAUUUGAUUGCUGUUUCACUGCUGCAACACAGACGAAUGGCUGGUUUGGUAUGACCGUGAAAUCUUUUUUACCACGAGAAUUGUACCUGUCAGAGAAACUACUAGAAAAAAAGGAUCAGAACUUCCUUGUAAAAUAUUAUGUAACGGCAUUUAUCAUACUUCCAUUGAUACUAGAAUAUUGAAUUUUCAACUAUUUAUUUUAACAACAAAAGAAAUCUCAAACGCUUUCUUUACAAAAUUUCCUGAGUUUUGGUCAGUAUUUCUGGUCCAUAAAAUAGGAAGGAGUGAUAUGGUUUGGCUGCAAGUGGCAUUCCCUGUCACAUCUGCCAGUUUUCAUCUGUGAACUCAUCCAUAAGUUUGUAAUUGAAAAGAAAUACUUUGAGUGGAAGUGUAGCUGAAACACUGCCUGCAUUUUACAGCUGCCUUUAGAAGAAAUGAUGAAAACUUUGUAUAUAAAUGCAUGCAUACCUGCACAGUCAGAACUUUCUGCUUCCUUUAAUAAAGAUCUUAUGAGCAUGGUGCAGCCAAAAACCCUAUUACAUUUCACAAAGGAGGAGUUCAUAAUACAUUAGGGUUUCUUAAAAUGUUUUACUUAAUAUUGCAAUUAACAAUUGAAACAGAGAACUUUCUGUGAGAAAUCUCUCACCUCUGACUGAAUUGUAAUGUCUAUGCAUGCAAGAUUUUUUUCUAGUGAUUACCUUUGAUAGUUCCUUUGGUUUCCCAUAAGUGAAAGCACUGGUUUUUAGCCCUGUAAAAUCAGCUUCUCUGCCCCACCAAUGCAUCCAGCAGAAGGAGUCUGUCCCUACAGACAAAUCAGUGGAAAGAUGAGUUAAUGUCAUUCAUCAUAAAGUUGAAAAUAAUGAUUUGGGACAGCAAAUAAGGAGAUCUCGAGGAAAUGUGUGCUCAGUGUGUGAAACUAAGGCAUGUCAUCUUUCUCAGAAGUAACAGAACUGCCUUGGUGUUAGAAUUCUGAUGAACAUUGUUCCUGUCUCUUCAGUAGCAGCCCAGUUCUAUUCCUCAUUUAGUGGAAAAUGCUGUUGCCCCACUGAAGUAAAACUGAACACACAUCACAGCUGCAUAACCCUGAUGGCAACAUCAGCAGCAGGGCAGAAUAAUGACAACUGCUGUGACUGUGCUUUUUUCCUGCAGGAUUCACCAGGGAUGGUGCUUAAGAAUUGUUUUAUUUAAAAGCCUGACUAAUGUCAAUUGGAACAAGUGAUGUACACUGCAAAUUACUAAUUGCAUGUGAAAAUGUAAAAAACAAACAAAUUGAGUCAGGCUUCACAGGAUGCCAGCUGAUGAGGAUCUGUUUGUCAAACCACACCAUGGUGCAAACAAGUCUGAGCUUUGCUGGGUCCCUUACAUGUGUGAUUCCAAUAUUUAUUGUGUUGUGCAUUAAUUAAUGAAUAAAGAAUAUUUUUUCUAGUAAA